CAGGAGGGGAAGCUGUGUCUCGAAUAAUUCCUUCCCCACUUCCUGCAACAAGAGAGAUCCAGGAAGCAGGUAUUCAAGCAGGGUUUGUUGUGCAUUGUAAACCUGUUUUGUUCCUGUCUGUCCACAUGCUGCAGGGUGGGCUGUAAUUGAGUUAUAUUAGGAUUUUAUUUUGCAGUGUAUGUAUUUCUUCUGUCCAUGGGUACAACUCUGGUCUAAUUCAUGCUGUAUACGCACACACACGUAGAAUAGAACACUCAGAACAGAUCGGAAAUUCCAGUGAUAGAUACAGAGUGACAAGAAAAUAGCAUGUUUUUAUUCUCCAAAUUAUAUAAUAAAAAUGUGAGCCUAAUGCUUUUCUAGUGAACAUUGAAUGCCCUGUGUCAAAGGUUGUUAGAGUCGCCAUGUUUUUAAGGACACGUAUCACUUCAUCAUGUUGAUGGUUAGCACACGAAAAGUGCUGCCCUGCAGUAUACAGAAGUCAAGAAUUUCAGUGAAUUCUUGUUUGCCCUCUGGCAGCAUUUUACUUCAUACUGCAGGGCAGCGGGUUUUUUUGUUUUGUUUUUUCUAUCUGCAUUUUAUAUGCCCAUCCCUUUUUAUAAACUAAAAUUUUAAUUUAUAUUUUUUUUAAUUUGUAAAAACCCUAACACGUUGAUAUGUGGUUGGACAGUUCCUACCCUCUUUUUGCUUAACCCCUUAAGGACCAAGCUUCUAGAAUAAAAUGGAAUCAUGACAUGUCAGGUGUCCUUAAAGGGUUAAAGCAGUUACAUGUUAGAUUUUUACCCAACCAUAUGUAAAAUCUCAUAUUUCCAUGUUAACACUUUAUAUGCCAUGCACUCCGGGUACAGCAUGCAAUUAAUACUCACACCUUAAGUGUUGCUUGUACAAUAGUAAGUAAUGGAGGGAACAUUUGGUUGAAUGGCAUUGCUGUGUUGAUGCCCAAGAGCAUUCUGUGUACACUAUAGCAUGUACAGUGUGCUAUAGUGGUUAUGGUGUUUGAAAUGUUCCUUUUAAACACGUGAAUACAGAUAUGAAAUUCUGCAUUAACAAUUGGCAAACAGGGGGCCAGGCUGCAGGUGCCCCUGGGAACCCCCAUUCUAUUAAACCGCUCAAAAACCUUUUGGGGAAUGGUGCCCACAUCUUAAAAGUGCGAUAACAACUACAAUGGCAUGUAGUGCUUAUAGUGCUAAGUUUGCUUCAUAUUAAACCUGUAUGCUUAGCCCAUAGAAUUUGUAGCUCUUUUUCCAUUUUAUUGUAAAUUAAACUUUUUGAGAAGCAUAUUAGAGAAUACUGCUUUUCGCAGUUAAAGUUCAUUAAUAACAAAUUUCAUGUUCACAAUCAAUAGGUAUAUAAAAAUGGUCAGGAUUUUGGCGAAUGGUGAAAUUGUCCAAGAUGAUGACCCACGUGUGAGAUCAAGAGAAACCUCUCGUCAAGUGAGUUUACAUUUAGAAAGGGAAGUUUUAUAGUUUUUUUUUUGUUUUUUUUAAAUCUAAUAUGUCUGGUAUUUACAUGGGCUAGUGAUAUCAUGGGCUUCGCUUUUUAGUUACUUGAAUGCUAUCUUGCAACUAAUCUGCUCUCCUCACAUGACCUCCGCAGCCAUUUUAUUAUCAGUAGCUGGCAAUGAACCAACAUUGUGCUGCAAUUCUCACCAACCUCCAUGCUUAACGUGUGUACUUUCUGCUAGUGGUGUUUAGUAAACCAAAUUAAACAGUCGAGUAGUACAGCAUAGGUGAGUAAAAAUAAUAUCUACAUGGCAACAUCGCCAGUGGUGAUGGGCAACCCUUAGGUAUCUUUUAGUUGGCUAUUGUGUUAUAUAGUUGGCAGUUUACCUUUAUUAUUGCCAUUUGAAAGUUUGUGCAGCGUGCUGAACUAAAAGCAUCAGGACACAUAAUUGGUUAGACGCUGGGCAUAGUAUUGUUGCCUAAAAAGGAUCCCAGAUGGAAUGAAAACUUAGCCAUGCCUUAGCAUUUUACACAUUUUAUACACUGCUCUAUGUAUAUACUUAUUUGUGUCUAAGCAGCAAAAGUCAUCACUGUUUCUCCCAUUUUUUUCGAGAGUACUCUGUUAAUUUACUCUUAAAGGACCACUCUAGGCACCCAGACCACUUCAGCUUAAUGAAGUGGUCUGGGUGCCAGGUCCUUCUAGGGUUAACCCAUUUUUUUAUAAACAUAGCAGUUUCAGAGAAACUGUUAUGACUUCCAUGAAAAACCCGAAUCCCUGAACCGAUCUGGGGGAUUUUGGAUAUGUUGGUCACAGAGAUCGGGGCUAUCAGGGGGUGUGACUUUUGUGGGGUUUUAGAGGUACUUUUGGGGUGUCUGUAAAUUUUUCUGUACCUGGAUAUAAUUGAGUUUGUACAGUUCCUGACUCAAUUAUAUCUCAGGCACAGGGGAGGUGUUUGUGACUUGUGUAAAUUCUGUAACUGUGCUGACAUUAAACAGACUACUUCCCAGCAUUAAGCCUUGGGGGGGGGGGAAAGGGGGGGGGAUUGCCAUACUGCUCUUUGGAUUACUAUACCUGCUAUACUCUCUUGGAGGAGAGGUCUUCCCACUGGGAGCUGGAUCUAGGUGUGGGUCCAGGGUGAGAAGGGAUGGGAGACCCCAGCCAAGCUGCGGCAGCUAAGGGGGCUACAGUGGUUGUGGUGUCUGGGUAUGGUGUCUGGUGCGGUGCUUAUAGUACUCGGCAGAGGUACCCAGUCGGGUGCCUGGUGGUCUGCCACAGGCCCUAAAUGAAUUCCUAAUUUGCUUUGCCUUCUUUAGAGUUUGAUCCUUAAACAGUGUCUCAAAAUGUAUUGACAACAAAUUGCUAAAUUUGAGCUGUUACAACCAAACUGUAACAAUAGCUUAAUUGACUUUUUGUAUAUUGGUCAUAUUGUAUAAGUUUGUACUACUGUAAAAACAUACCAGUCUGUAUUUGCUUCUUUUUCCUCUCAUCUACACAGGGAUUUUUUAAUACUGCAAACAGGACCACAGCUGGAGCAGGACCUCAGCAGGUACCAGGAGAUGGAGCCAGGCAGCAGGGUCGAUCACCUUUCACUGAGAUUAAUCAACAGCUGGUCAACAUGGGCUUCCCGCGGUGGAAUCUUGGAAAUCAGGUGGUGGAGCCGGUCAUGUCUAUCCUCCUUCUCUUUCUCAUUCUGAUGUUGGGAGUCCGUGGUCUGCUUCUUAUAGGCUUGAUAUACAUUGUCUCGCACCUCAGCCAACGAUAAAGAUGGAACAUAAGAUUGGAUGUCUGGAAUUGAAGAGGAACUUGCAUAUGUGGUGUUUGUAGAAUGUGUGAGGCAUGUUUGAGGAACGAGUAUCUUGAUAACCCACAGAAAUGCAAAUCAUAUUAUGUGUUGUCUAAUAUAACUUUUUUUUUUUUUUGGUCCAAUAUAUAAAUUUGUUCUUUUAGUGGCAGUUUAACCAGCUGACUUUUUUUUUAAUUUUAUUUAGGAAAGAGUUUUUUUUUUUUUUUACCUUGUAUUUUCAUUUUAGAAUCUUGCCACUGUUUUAUUUGAGCCCCAUUAAUUUCUACUCUUUUAACUAUUUACUUGCAUACUUAAAAAUCUAAUUUAUGGUUUAAUUAAGCAGUAAAAAAGCAUUUAAUCCAAAGGUGUGUAUUUUGAAGCAGUGGACCUUCUGUUGUUGUUGGGGUAAAAAUUCUGUUGAUCAGCUAGCUCUUCCCUUAUCAAAGCGACAUGGAUGUUUUUGAGUUAUUAAAAAAUGCUAAUUCAUAAAGAUAUAAACAAAAAUUACACGUCAUCUAAUAAUAUCAUAAGACAGGGGAAGGGAUUAUGGAUUAUCGCUUUGCUGUUUUCUUUUAAAAUAAAUUUGGCAAAAGCUGAAUAUUCUUCAGCUUUCCCACCUUGCCACUUUUAAUCAUUCUUUGCAAGUGAUGACUCAUGGGAAAUGGCAAGAUGUGGCCGGUUGUAGCUGUUUUAAGCUCUGCCCUGCCUGUGCAAUGUGUAUCUCAUUAUGUAUGCUUAAUAAAUCCAUAGAGGAUACUACUGUCUUCCAUGUAUUCUCCAUUUUUGUACACAUCUAUGAGUCUGUAAAUCAUAAAAGAUUUUAUUUUAAAAUUGAACCAAAUUUAUGAGAGCAUAUUCUUCUAUAAUAACAUCACUGAUGAAAUUUUCAGGUAUUGGUUGACAAGAAAAUUUAUUUAUUCGUUUAUUUUUUUUGGUUGGGAUUGUCUUUAUGUCUUCCAAACUUGCAGAUGUUAAGCCCAUGUAUGUGGUAGCAGUGUUUUGCUCUGCAGCAGCAAAUUUAACAUACAAAGAUUCAAGUGAGCAAGCACCAUGGUUUUUAUUGAAAACUUUUUUUUUUUAAAUAUAGAUAACGUAAAUAUUGCUGGAAAUGAAAUAUGUUUGCAUACAGUAAAUUUUGUAGGGAGAAAUAAAUACAAUACAUUUGUAAGAAGAGAUACUAUGCAUUUUAUAAAAGUUAUUCUUGGUAAUCUGUUUCCCAGGUAUAAUUUCCUCUUCUAUUGCAUCUAUUUUGCAUAUGCAAAUUGGCAAUAUAUAUUGUUAUAAAGAAACUAUUGUAUACCUGUAACAUUUAUUUUGGAUGCUUUAUUUUAACCCCUUAAGGACACAUGACAUGUGUGACAUGUCACAAUUCCCUUUUAUUCCAGAAGUUUGGUUCUUAAAGGGUUAAAGGAAGUGAUUUUGGUACAAGGAGUGGCUAUUUUUCCACAGUAUUUUGUCAAACAGUUUGAUAACUUACUUGGGGAGCACCAGUUGCCUGUCAUCACCUUCCUUGGAGCUCAUAGCUCCUGCAAUAAGCUUCUGUUAGCAGGGCUGGUUUGUUGACUGAGGACAUUGGCUGAGUGCUGACAGCUAAGUAAGCUUGUCCCUGUACCAUUAGGCUAAACUAUCGGCUACAGAUGAGGUGGUGGUGAGGUAAGUUGUCAAGCCAUUCUUAAAUAGUUUGACUACUUAAUGUGGCAGAGUGCCAUGACACUCCUGGUACCAUAACCACUGCAGUGGGCUGUAGUGGUUAUGGUGCUUGAUCUGUUACUUUAAAAAUAUUAACUAUAAUACAUAAUAUUAUACUCACCCACACAUCUAUAUUAAUUUGGCAUCCUCUCCUUUUGGUUCAUGUGGUUAGAUAUUUUUGUGUGGGAUAUUCUUGUCUGUAAAAUGUAUUUAAUUCUUUGAGAAUACAGAGUAAAUUAUACUUAAUUUUGUACCUGAAAGUCAAAUUUCAUUUUGCUAGGGUGCAUGAUAUUUAUGUAAGUGCAGAGUUUUGUUGUUUAAUGCAAAAAAAAUCUUCAGAACAUUCCGCUCUGUUUGUAAUUAUUAUCGUGUCCACUGUCCAGUGAAUUUAUUUGACAAGAUUGUUUCUCAAUCUCAGCAGUCAAAGUCUGGAACUAAAAAUCGCAAUUUUAACUUGGAAUUUAUGUUUUGUUAUAACAGAACUGUGCAGAGAAAAUUGAUCUAUAAUGAACACAGAUUUCAUAGUUUAUUGCAAACAUGUCCUUAAAUAACUGUUAAAGACAAUAGAUAAUUUGAACUUUAAACUCAUGAUGCUGGCAAACAUGGUCUUGUAAAACAUCCAAAAGGCUCUGAGAUGUUAACUGCUUGCUUAGAGAGACAAUUUUGAUCAUUUUAAUACAGUUUAUCUUGCCAAACAAUCACUGACGAUAGUUGGUUUUUCCCUUUGAUACAAGGACUUUUUCAAAUAACAUGUUGACCAAUAAAGACUUAUAAUACUAAUGUGUUA